AUGGCUGAAAAGAAAAGAUCGUCAAAGUAUCGACUGGAAAAAAAUAUAAUCUACGAAUCAAAUCUAAUUCAACAUCAUCACAACAAUCAAAGUAAUAUUAAUCGAAACGUUCGUAAUGAAUCACGUAAUCCGAUUGUCAAACAUAAGCCUCCACCAUUGAGUAAAUAUCGUCGAAAGACUGCCAAUUUACGAGAAAGAUGUCGAAUGCAAGAAAUUAAUGAUGCAUUCAAAAGAUUACAAAGUGUUGUUCCUGAUAUAUUCUCAAUAACAGAUGAAAGAUCCAGUCAAUCGAUGGCUAAAUUGACGAAAAUCAAUACGCUUAAAUUGGCCGUCAAUUAUAUUUCAGCAUUGACACAAAUAUUACGACAACCGGAAACGGAAAGUGAAUGUCCAAAUUAUGGCCAUGAUAAUGAAAAUAUUCAACCAUCGAGUGAAAAUCAUAAAGAUAAAGCUACUAUUUCCACCACAGUGACAAAUCGAACCAUUUCCAAUAAUUUGAAUAAUGGCAACAGCAUAAGCUGUAACAAUAGCAACAUUCAACAUGUACCAAGUUCCAUGAUACCGAAUUUACAUAUAGGUAUCCAUAAAAAUAUUCACCAAUAUUCUAAUUCUAAUCAACCAUAUUGCAAUACUAGUGAACCGAUUUAUUGUGGGCAAUAUUCAUUGAAUAACCAUGACAGUGAUACACAAAAACAAACACAGCAAAAUCAAGUCGUUGGUUUGUCGAAUAUGAUGGAAACAUUUGUAUUUGAUCAUUUAAUUGAUAAUCGCCAACAGCAACAACAACAACAACAAUCAGAUAAUAAUUUUAUAACAAGUAACAUAAUCGAUUAUAGACAAACAACAAGUCAACAAACCAUAAUGAACAUGAAAAAUAAUCAUGAUAAUAAUGUUAAUAGUACAUGCUUAGCUAUAGAACAAGAGCAACAAUUCAAUCAUCAUCAUGAUAAUAAUAAUGAACAAAUGGAAGGCAUCAUUCUUGAUGAUUUGGAUAGCCUAUUUGAUGAUUAUGUUUCCUGAUUGAUUGAUUGUAUGUCCGUCCUAUUACUAUUAUAUAAAUAA